AUGAUCAGGGGCAAAUACGAGUGGAAAGAUAAGAACCUAACUUACCCGCAUCUCAUGCUCGUUAUGCGCAGUGAAGGGGUCGUAUUCCAGGGCAAACUUCUUUUUUGCGAGCUGGCGUGUAUUGCCCAGGCGAUCAAGAAUCGCCUAGAGCAGGAUGAACUCAAAGAUACCUCGCUGUUUCCGGUUCUUCUGAUGACAUUCUGUGAACCACGACAUGGCCGUCUCAUCCAGGCACAAUACAACAAGUUCGGGAUCUUAAAGGUUAGGGCUUCGCCAAUCUAUUCUUUCGUGAAAAGAGACGAGGCGCCGUGGAAUCUCUUUCUCCUUCGCUACCAUGCCAGCGUGCCAUACGAUGGGGCAGACGUUGAAUUCGGUGAUGAUCAAGUGGAGUCCGAGUAUGUCACUAGUGAGACUCAAUCCCGCAGAACUAUCGAUGAAUCUGUCUAG